UAGGUUAGGUUAGGUUAGGACGCCCGCUGCUCCCCGACGUGGACGUGGACGUGUAUCGUGAGUCGCCGCCAGCCGUGUCGCACCACGCGCGUAUGCACGCACGCAUGCACAUGUUGCUCCAAUUAGCGAACUUGACGCGUGUCAAACAGCUGGGAACGCCGUACGUGGGCGAGCCGUGACUGAUCUGAUCAAUCACCCGGCUCUACGCGUUGUCUCCUCGUUUCUCGCAUUUCGGGAGAGGUUCCGGAGUCUUCGGCUGUUCUGUAGCGACAGAUGUGCGUCUGGUGUUAAGAAUUUAUGUGGUUUCUGAAUAGCGAACCUCGGAGCGGAAUGUCUUCUGGCAACAUAUGACAGACUGAAGCCUGUAGCGUGAUUCCAAGAUGCUGCCACUUUCGCAUAGCCCGCGCGACUCGCGUUCCAACUUUCGCAGUAGGGUCAAGGAGAAGCUGCUGAGUUGGAAACGUCUCAUCUUCUCCGACCAGAACACUCGUAAUUUGUUCCUGUUCCUGAUUCUCAACCUGUCUUUUGCCUUUGUCGAGCUGCUGUACGGAAUAUGGACCAACAGUCUCGGUCUCAUCUCCGACAGUUUCCACAUGUUUUUCGACUGCACCGGCCUGCUGUUCGGUCUAGCUGCGUCCGUUAUUACCAAGUGGAGAGCGAACGACAGAUACUCGUUCGGAUACGUUAGAGCAGAAGUGCUAGGCGGAUUUGUGAAUGGACUGCUCCUGUUGUUCAUAGCUCUGUUCAUCAUGUCGGAGGCAGUGGAACGAGCUAUCGAGCCGCCCGAGAUCAAGCACGAGAGACUCUUUGUGGUCUCCGUGUUGGGACUGAUAGUGAAUUUAGUGGGAAUUUGUGCAUUUAAACAUGGACACGGCCAUGGACAUGGUGGACAUGGCCACAGCCAUAGCCACAACCAUAGUCACGGUGGGAGGGGACACCACGGUCACUCUCACUCUCAGAACCAUGACUACACUCUCCUGAAUCACAACGAUCACUACGAUCAUCACGUCGAGAUGGAGGCGAACUUCAGUGGCACGAAUUCGCAGAUCAUGAAGGGUGUGUUUCUACACAUACUCGCGGACACUCUUGGCUCUGUAGGAGUGAUCAUAUCGGCGGUGCUAAUGCAAAUGUUCGGCUGGAUGAUUGCCGAUCCGAUUUGCUCUAUGCUCAUAGCAAUAUUGAUAGUGUUAAGUGUAAUCUCGUUGAUGAAAGAGUCAUGGGAGAUACUUAUGCAGAGACAGCCGAUGGCUCUAGAUUACGUUCUACCGCAGUGCUACAACAAGGUGACGCAGAUACCCGGCGUCUAUAGCGUGCAGGAACCGCACUUUUGGACUUUAUGCUCGGACGUGUACGUCGGAUGCCUGAAGCUGGAGGUGGCCAGGGAAGUGGACCCCAAAUCGGUUGUGAUGACGACGCACAAGAUUUUCCAGGCAGCGGGCAUUAGACAGCUUACGGUUCAGCUCGAUUACGCUCCCAUGUGAUCUAUGAGAUGCAUGACGCGCGUCGAGGAGUGUUCUUACGAAUGUACGAACGGAAUUGUGUCUGUCUGUAGGCUCUGUCACAAGGGGAUGGGAAAAUCGGCAGUGCCGCAGAAUGUCUUCGAAACUUCAAAAGUCUGUGAUUGCGCGCAUCGGAAUGGCAAUCGGUAUCAUCUCGAACUACAAAUCGUUUGAAGAUCGUGCAUGCCUUAAAAGAGAAACUGCUGACACGGGACGAUUGAACAAUUCCUAAGAGUUUCUAACCGAAUCAAAUUAUUAACUUAAACCAUUUCUAAAACAUGAUGUAUGAUAAAAGAUGUAUUUCUCAUCUCGAUAUUAGAUACUAAGAACAACGGUCAGUUACAUUCUCUUCUCUGGAGAACAAGUGUUUUUCACUGUUCGUUCAUCUUUUAUAGAAAUACUUUACCUCUGUUGGGACAAAGGCUCAUCUCUGUACAAGUCUUGACUUGUAAUUACUCACUGUUACAAGUAAGCAUUUCAGAUCCAAGUUUAAUUUAGCUAUAUUGUAAUAUAAGAGUAGCAUUGCUUAGAUUUUUUAUUUUUGCAAUGAUGCCUUUUGAGGUGUGUUUGUAAGAAUAUUUUUUAACUGACUUCCGAGAACAAAAGAAUGCUGAAUCUUAUAUAAUUUGUAUAACUGAUUGAAACAAUUAUUAUUGUUUCUAUAAAAUUAAAUUAUAUCAAGUUUGGAAUGUGCAAGAAAAACGCAAACGGCCAUAACAAUCCGGGGACAGCUGUAAAGAGCUAGUCAUCUGUGUAUAUCUGUGCAAGAAAUAAGGAAAAUAACGUACAGUAAAUGACACGUGAAAAUAUUUCAUAAAAAUAUAUCCAUCAUUUUUUAUACAAUGAUCCAAAAGAGAGAUUGUUAUUUGUAUUUUUCCGUCCAUGCUAAGUAUUAUCUUCCUCAUUACUCUGUAAUAUUUUGGACUCAGAAACAUAACUUAGCAUGCGUCGAACAUUUGUUGAGUGACCGUACUGGUUAUGUAUGCACUAUCUGUUGGACGAAUUUGUGUAGUAUUAUUUGUAUAUAAUUUAUAAUUAUGUUAUUAGGUUUCAUGCCAAUUAUAGCCAAAUAAACGGAAUAUUGCAAGUUAACAAUGUGAAAGAUCGAAACUUGCGAAAGCAUCUGCGCCAGAAUCCAAGGAAUCCAGACGAGAGUUUUAAAAUAUCUUUUCUUAAGAAAAUAUUACCUUCUUAAUUUAUCUAUGAAAAACACUUUCUUCCUAAACGUAACAGAAACUUUUUGGAUCCUGAAAAUGCUGCGGAUGAUCGAGAAAUCAUUCAAAUACGAUUUCUCCUUGACUCUUAGGCUAUACGAUUAAAUAUUACGCAACUAAACAUACGGAUUUAGAUAACGAUUUUAUCGUAUUUCUGUGAGAUAAAAGGGUCGAGAAAAAUAACGAUUUUUAUACAUUCCACGUGUAUCAUAUAUUAAUAUAUAUUUUAAUAUAUAUAUUAUUUUAUAUUUUAAUAUUAUAAUAAUUUGUAAUAUAUAUUUAAUUAAUAUAUAUUGAAUAAUUAUAAUAUAAAUUAAAUUAAUAUUAAUUUACAUUAUAAUAUAUAUUAAUAUAUACACGCAUAUAAAGAUGUCAAGGCAUUAAUUCCGAAUGUGAUUACAUAAGCCAAAACAAUUGUGUCACGAAUAAUAAGGUAUCGCAAUGGAACUAUUUCGAUUAUUUGGUUUUACAAAGAAAUACAUUGUUAUCUAUCACGAUCGCGCGAUAAUCAACGUUCUUUGCUUAAACGAAUCGGACCAGUAUCUGGUUUAAUGCAUGAAAGAAAACGCAUUAUGUUACGCAAAUCUUGUUACGUUUUCAUAAUACCUUCAUUGUAUAGAUUUAUGAAUACACGAAUUGCGUGUGAUUAUUAUAAAAAAAAAAUUAUAAAAAUGUGUAAGUAAUAAAGACACCUACUUAUACAAUA